GACGCGAUGUGUCUGAGGCCCUGACGGACGGUCCCGUCUGUUAUGGCUCCUCCUGCUACAGUGGAACGGGGCCAGACGUAAGACCAGUGCAGGGGAACGGCAGUAACAGACGCGGCGGUACGCUUGUCUUCAGCUGCGGCGGACGAUGGCAGACUGUGGUAUGUUGAAGAAAAARACAUAGACGGCGUGCUCGGCGUCGCCUCUUCUGCUGUGAAGGCUUCGACAUUUUCUCAAGAUUACCAACACCCCAAAUGAACUCCGUCAGAGCAAGUAACGUUAGCAGAAGACCCAGGCGAGUGUCGAGGCCGCGCCCGGUGCAGCCGGAGAGGAAUCACCAGGAAAGAGAUGAGGACAUUCCUGCAGAUAUGGUUGCAGAAGAAUCUGGUCCUGGAGCUCAGAAUAGUCCCUACCAACUUAGAAGAAAGUCUCUACCCAAGAGAACAGUGUGUCCAACAAAGACAAACAUGGAGGGUGCUUCCACUUCAACAACAGAAAACUUUGGACACCGACCCAAGCGUCCGAGAGUUUCAGGAAAGUCUCCUGAUUUACCAGCAGCUCCAGCAGAACAGUACCUGCAGGAGAAGCUCCCAGAUGAGGUGGUGCUGAAGAUCUUCUCCUACCUSUUAGAGCAGGACUUGUGCCGUGCAGCAUGUGUGUGCAAACGUUUUAGUGAGCUGGCCAAUGACCCCAUCCUCUGGAAGAGGCUGUACAUGGAAGUGUUUGAGUACACUCGACCCAUGAUGCACCCCGAGACAGGAAAGUUUUACCAGAUAAAUCCAGAAGAAUACGAGCAGCCAAACCCGUGGAAGGAGAGUUUUCAGCAGCUGUAUAAAGGGGCCCAUGUGAAGCCUGGCUUUGCAGAGCACUUCUACAGUAAUCCUGCCAGAUACAAAGGAAGAGAUAACAUGUUUUACUACGACACCAUCGAGGAUGCUCUCGGAGGAGGCCAGGAGCCGCACUUUGACGGCUUGAUAUUCGUCCACUCUGGAAUUUACACGGAUGAAUGGAUCUACAUCGAAUCACCCAUCACCAUGAUCGGAGCUGCUCCUGGAAAAGUAGCAGAGAAAGUUAUAAUUGAAAACACCAGAGAUUCUACUUUUGUAUUCAUGGAAGGCUCAGAAGAUGCUUAUGUUGGGUUCAUGACCAUCAGGUUCAAUCCUGAUGAUAAAUCUGCUCAGCACCACAAUGCACACCACUGCUUGGAGAUCACGGUCAACUGCAGCCCUAUCAUCGACCACUGCAUCAUACGCAGCACAUGUACAGUGGGGUCAGCUGUCUGCGUCAGUGGACAGGGUGCUUGUCCCACAAUCAAGCACUGCAACAUCAGUGACUGUGAAAACGUUGGUCUUUACAUCACCGACCAUGCACAGGGAGUAUAUGAGGACAAUGAAAUCUCAAACAAUGCUCUGGCUGGUAUCUGGGUGAAGAACCACGGCAACCCAAUUAUCAGACGGAACCACAUCCACCACGGCAGAGACGUAGGGGUUUUCACAUUCGAUCACGGCAUGGGUUACUUUGAGAGCUGCAACAUCCAUAGGAACAGAAUAGCUGGCUUCGAAGUGAAAGCGUACGCCAAUCCCACAGUGGUUCAUUGUGAGAUCCAUCACGGUCAGACCGGGGGCAUCUAUGUGCACGAAAAGGGCCGCGGUCAAUUCAUCGAUAACAAGAUCUAUGCAAAUAACUUUGCAGGGGUGUGGAUCACCUCAAACAGCGAUCCCACCAUAAGGGGUAAUGCCAUUUAUAACGGCAACCAAGGCGGCGUUUAUAUUUUUGGUGAUGGCCGAGGCCUCAUUGAAGGAAACGACAUUUAUGGCAACGCCUUGGCUGGGAUCCAGAUCAGGACAAACAGCUGCCCUAUUGUGAGGCACAACAAGAUCCACGAUGGCCAACAUGGUGGCAUAUACGUGCAUGAAAAAGGACAAGGAGUCAUCGAGGAGAACGAAGUGUACAGCAACACACUAGCAGGAGUGUGGGUGACGACGGGGAGCACGCCGGUACUGAGGAGGAACAGGAUACACAGCGGGAAGCAGGUUGGGGUUUACUUUUAUGACAACGGCCACGGUGUGCUGGAGGACAACGAUAUCUAUAAUCACAUGUACUCUGGAGUUCAGAUAAGGACUGGCAGCAAUCCUAAGAUCAGGCGGAACAAGAUCUGGGGGGGUCAGAAUGGCGGCAUUUUAGUUUACAACUCAGGCUUAGGGCUCAUUGAGGACAAUGAGAUCUUUGAUAACGCAAUGGCCGGUGUGUGGAUCAAGACCGACAGUAACCCCACCCUGAGGAGAAACAAGAUCCACGAUGGGAGAGAUGGUGGGAUCUGUAUAUUCAACGGAGGAAGAGGUUUGCUAGAAGAGAACGACAUCUUCAGAAAUGCUCAAGCAGGUGUUCUCAUCAGCACCAACAGUCACCCCGUGCUGAGGAAAAACAGGAUAUUUGAUGGCUUCGCUGCAGGUAUUGAGAUCACCAACCACGCUACAGCGACUUUAGAAGGCAAUCAGAUCUUCAACAAUCGUUUUGGGGGAUUGUUUCUUGCAUCUGGUGUCAAUGUUACAAUGAAAGAUAAUAAAAUAUUGAACAAUCAAGACGCCAUUGAAAAGGCUGUGAGCAGAGGUCAGUGCCUGUACAAGAUUUCAAGUUACACCAGCUAUCCGAUGCACGAUUUCUACAGGUGUCAUACCUGUAACACUACAGACCGCAAUGCCAUUUGUGUGAACUGUAUCAAGAAGUGUCACCAAGGACACGAUGUGGAGUUCAUCAGACACGACAGAUUCUUCUGUGACUGUGGCGCAGGAACGUUGUCCAAUCCAUGCACGUUAGCCGGAGAGCCAACACACGACACGGACACACUGUACGACUCUGCCCCCCCUAUAGAGUCCAACACGCUGCAGCACAACUGAGCUCCAGACCCCGCCCCUCAAGCCCCUCUGCUUUAGCAGUAAUGAACACUUUCAGUUGUGCAGCAGAGGAGAACCUCCUAACUGAAAUAUUCUUUGGCAGAGCAUAUACAGCAACUAAAACAAAGAAAACAAACACUUCAGAUGUGAAUAUGCUAAAAGGGAGACAUUAAAAAAAAAGACGGAUGCCUCCUUUUUCCCUAUGAAAAACUAAAAUAAGAGUGAUGGAGAGCGUUUGACUCGGGGUUUGUGUGGGUUCGUCAUUAAGUGACAAGAAGCGAGACGGAAGAAAAACCACCGAAGCUCAUCUUCAAAGCAGCACCAGAACAAGACACCGCAGUUAUGUACAGGUCCGAUGUGGACACUUAUCCAGCGGAGGCACCGCCGUUUUCAUCAGAGGGGGGAAAAAAAGCCCCAAAUCCAACAAUGCUUCCAUCACAGAGCAUCUGAUGUGCUCAGAUCCGUGUGGCGGAAGAACGACUUAGCACUUCAGCUUUUUCUGUUCGUUUUCCCUCGAAACUGUUCCGAUUUGAUUUUAAUGCUUUUUGUGUAGUUUUGUAUUUUCAUGCGAAAAUCUUAAUGUACUUGAAUGUCUUUAUUUUAUUCAGUGUGUUAAUUUUUUUUGUUAUUUACCCAGAAUUGCUGUAAUUAUACUCAAGUCGCAGUAAUCUAACUUCUUUCUGUGAAAGAGCUCAGAGAAAAGAGAGGAAAACACUAAAUAUUUUCUCCAGCAAUGUUGACUUUUUUUUUCUUUUUUUGACAAGACUUGGAUAGCUCAUGUUUAAAACGUGUCAGUUAUGCUAUAACAGUCCAGUUUACAUAUUCUAUGCAUAUUGUGUUUUAUUUUUUAAAGUUGGGUUUGUCAUAAAGUGAUAAACUUGCAUUUUUUUUCCCUACUUUGAAACCAUGACAAUUUACAACACAUCCUGUGUCAUUAUCACGUUGUAAAAUAAAGUCAUUGCUGUUGGAGUUUUACACAUUUGAUUUAAGGGUCAUUUCUCCUAAAUUAAACUGUUUACAUCUGGUCUCGUUUUAAAAUUAAGUGCGUUCGUUAUGAAGCAUAAUUGCUGCUUUGUAGUCUUUUACGUUUUUUUUUUACCCCCUUUUGAUGCCAGACGUGAUUUAUAUUUGCAAAAAGAAAAGUAACAAAUCUUGAAAGCAUAAUUCCUUUUUUGAUUUUUUUUUUAAUUUGCCAAUGUUGCUGGAGAAUUUAAACAGCUUUUACUCUACAGAAGCUGAGACAAGUAUCUAUACAGCGCUUAAUGGUUUCAUUGCUGCCCCCCUCCCCGUUCAUGUGUACUGGUGAUUGUGGGUUCUCAUACAGACUGAAAUGUAUGCAUGUAUCAUAACAUCUAGACUUAAUAUAUUGUGAAGUAUUCAAUAACCGUUAUGUAGGCGCUAGUGUGAAUUAAAAAAAAGGGUUUAAUUUCCUAGAUGAAACAUUGUCAUUUUUAAAAAAUAAACUUUAUUAGAUCA